AUGGUCCAAAAGUAUCCGCUCCUCGCUGCGCUCUGCUGCUACCGAUGUGUCGCUGACGACAUCCACGCUGAUCUGGGUCUCUUGUACGAGUUUCUUGGGAUAGAUCCAGCAGCCGAGGAUGAACCACAACGCCCUCCGCCCCCGCCGAUCAUUCUAUGCACGAUGCGCCUCGAAUGCACUCGCUGCCCACCCACGGUGACCCGCCGCUCCCUCCGCCGCCGUGUUGAUCCUCAAAAGAUCCGCGUUCUUUCUGCGGACCUCAAGUGGAAGCCUGCGAUACUCUACAUCGGUCACUGUGCUGCUUGUCGAGCCGACUACUAUCCAGACCGUAUCACCUACAAGGCAGAGAACGGACAGCGGCUGCAAAUCUUGGAGUACAACUCGCAGUAUCUUCGCAUUUCCAAGCACGGUCUCUGGGCAUCACACCGGAUAGCUCGCGCUCAGGAGCACGCGCUCACUUGCUUUCACGCCGGCUGGUCUAACUUUGCAAACUGGGUCAAUCGUCUCCUCCAGGCUGAUCGUCCACUCCUGACAAACCGCCAAUCUCAGCGACUCUUUCUGGAGCACUUCUCUCGCCGGCUCCUGGUGGCUCAUAACCUGACCGACGACUUCCGAGUCCCUGCCCACUCGGAUGCGGCAACACUGGCUCGGCAUGUCCGUGAGCUGCUGGGUGUUGGUGGCGGCUCCUUCCCGGACUCCUUCGACCACGGGUGUACAGAAUGUACCCAUGCGAAGCGCUACCGUGCCGACCUUGUCGAAGAGGGACUAGUGCUUGGCGGUGUGCAGGCUGCCAACGAGGUUGCAGGGUUACCUAUAGAGGUGAGUGUACGUCUUCUUAUUGCGUAUGCAUCGGUUCACAGAUCACCUCCUGCACCCCUCCCCGAAGGUCUACCUGCUGCUCCCCCCGUUCAACAAGAAGCAGUUCCUGGAGAGGCACGGGGAUAUGUGCGGAUGGCUGUCAUGGAUGGAAAGACAAUCACACAUAGGAAAUGUGCUCUGGAUGACUGUCGCAACGCACUUGUGAACUACCGGAACGGGAGGUUCUGUGAAGUUCACUUGGGCUGGCAAGUUAUCUGUGGUAUCAUUCCUUGUGGUAGAGAGGUUCAUGCAGCGGGCGCUCUCACUUGUGAUCGUGCAGAACACAAGGCUUGGUACAGAGGCUGGAAAGCACGAUUUACCCGCUUGUCAUACCCUGGGGUGCAGCGCGUCAUACGCAGGCAACGUGCUGCACCUCAGGAUAUGGCAGCAGGUAGACCUGCUCUUCAACUUCAGUUACCGUCACUUGAUGGUAUUCCAGGUGAAGAAGUUGUCCACACAUUUCGUGCCAAGACAACCUAUUGCCUGGAAACCAUACAGUGGGCUUGUGGGAUGCCGAUUGGCUGGGGCAAAUGCUUUAAGUCUGAGAGUGCCCCGCAGGUCUUAGAGAUUCUGAACCGGACGUGGCCUGCCACCCGUGAAAAUCUCAGACCUAGCUUCAUUGCCUAUGAUGAUGCUUGCGACCUCCUACGCCACAUUGUCACCCAGGACCCUCAAAGUCCUUGGGUUCAAAGCACAAAGUUCAUUGUGGAUGCUUGGCACUAUAUUGGUCAUAAAGCGACUGAUGUGCUGUGUCGUCUAUGGUGCAACCCUGCUCCUUGUGAUGGCUCUCAACCUGAUCUAAUCCUUCUUGAGGAGGACAAUCAUGGUGAGAGUCACCAAGUCAGGGCUUUCAAUAUGGAGACUGCAGAACAGUUCAAUUCUUGGCUUGAUGGCUUUGAGUCUCAGAUGCGGCAAAUGACAGAUGUGAACUAUGAUUUCUUUGUUCAUUCCCUCUUUUUACUGUACACAGAUUUGGUUGAACAGCGGAUUGAAAAGAAAGGACAAGGACUUGGGGAAACCUUCUGGGAUAAAGUUGAAGAGUUGCUGUAA